AUUGAUGGAGCGGGUGGUGAAAUUCUCCUCAAUUGAUAAUAACUCUUUGAAGUUGUUUGAUAGAGAGGGUUGGGGAAUCAUGUAUAAUGAUUUCCCUACCCCUAAGAUGAGUUGGGUCAAGGAAUUUUAUGAAAACUUCAACAAUAUAAAUGAACAUUCAGUCGAGACCACUGUGGAAGGUGUCAUGAUUCAUCUUACUCCUGCUAUCAUUGCUAAGAUCCUUAAUAUUCCACUUCUUGGUGAUGUCUCUAGUAAAGAGUCAUACAUAACUAGAAAUGAUGAUAAUCGUGAUGAAGUCAUGCGAUUCUUUACCGAUGACCCAUUAUGUCAAUGGCCAAAAAAAGCCACUACUUUUAAUGCCAAUAAAUUUGUGAAUCCUAUUCAUAGGUUAGGUAUGAACAUCAUGAUCGCUAACUUGUUCCCUACUGCCAACCGGGGAGAAGUUACCUUAGGUCGGAUGCUUUUUCUUUAUGAUAUGUUUAACAACCGACCUAUUGAUCUUCCACAUCACCUCUUUCAUGUGAUGUGUUCUGUUAAAAAGAGUGAACGUAUUGUUCUCCCUUUUCCAUCCUUGGUUACCAAGCUGUUGUCGCAUAAGGAUUUUAAUGUUCCUGAGCCUAAAUAUCUCAAGGUCCCUAAACGUCAAAGACCCUUCAGUAGAGCUUCUUUGGAUUAUAGUAUAAGCCAUCUUCGUAAGCCUGCUCCUGAUCUAGAGCGUCCUGCAUCUCCCAAUCCCAUUGAUCAUUUUCCUGAGAAUGAUGCUAUGACUGCUCCUCAGUCACCUCCUACAGAACCCUUUCAGUCCUUGCGUGCUUUUAAAGAUGAGAUAACAAGAUACAUGCAUGCUUUUUUUGAUGAGAUACGUCAGGAUAUGGAGAGACGCAUGCGUGAUUUUAUCUCACUCCAAUAA